AGUCAUCUUGCUCAUUAGGCCACUGUGGGGCGUUUGGUGCUGGAAGCUUUAAAGACUUCAAAUGGUGUACCUUCAGGAAACCGUCUACGUGUAGUGUUCAGUCGGUGCAUUCUCAGACAGGAGCUGUGCUCUUAUCACUGAGACUCCAGCCUCGAGCGCCGGGGAUGGGGCGCAUGCGCCUACCGCUCCGCUCUGGGCCCUGUGACUGAGCCCAGCCUUUGAUUGACAGGUGAAGGGCGAGGCGCGGGCACGGGGCCACGCUCGCUCCCGCCGCCACUGCUCCCGCAGCGUCUUCUAUCACUAUCACCACCACCGCCCCCUCCCCCCACCCCGGCCCCUCCCCCUCCCGCACCCGCACCCCGGCAUUACCCCGCCAGCGAACAUGGCGGCGCUCAGCACGGAGCCCGCAGCCGCAGCGGGGCGGCUCCGAGCGGGCGCUCAGCUCUCGGUCACGGUGGAACACGUCGUCAGCGGCACCUUGGUGGUGUCCACCAACUUCGGAGGGAGCAGCUUCACCGGGAUCCUGAUAGACAUGGCCAAGAAGUCUGGUUUAUAUGGUUUACUCCCAAACCAGUUUGCCAAGCAAGAUGAGUUUCCUGCAGAAUCAUGCACCAAUGAAGUCCUUGAUGGUAAAGAACAGGCAGUCUGUCAAACUGAGUCACAGCCCUGCAACGUGCAAUUUCCCAACAUACCAGGCAAAGAACAAGUUUCACCUCUUCAGCCAUUAACAGAAACUGUGCCUUGCUUUCCACCUUAUUGUGAAGGUGUACCUCUACCACAACCAUUAGUAUUGAGACAGACUUACAAUCAGUGGGUGCCCCAGCCACCACCACGGACAAUCAAGCGUACGAAAAGACGCCUGUCAAGGAAUCGUGACCCUGGUAAGCUUAUAAUGAGCACCAUUAGAUUGCGGCCAAGGCAGGUACUUUGUGAAAAGUGCAAAAACACACUAAAUCGGGAGGAGGACGAUGAUGACAAAGAUAGACACAACAGUAAGAAUGAGAAAAAGACUAGCAUGGAGGAAAAUGAAAAGAGGAAACCUGAGAUAAUGUGCUGUGAAAAUAGGAAAAUAAAAAAGGAAAAGAAAGAUGAUAAAUUUGCUGGUGAGCUGGUGCAUCGAAGCCCAGUGAUAAAAAUAUCAUAUAGCACUCCUCAAGGUAAGGGGAAGGUUGUAAAAAUUCCCUCACGGGUACAUGGCUCAAUUGAGCCCUUUUGUCCUAAACGGUUAUUGCAGAAUGAAAGUGUGGACCAGGACAAGAACGCAAAUUGUGAGGAAAUGGAAGUUCUUCCAGAAAAGUCAUUUUCUAGUCCACCUGGAACCAUUCCAAAGCUAAAACUGACUAGGCCUUUGCAUUCCAGUGCAGACAUCCCCCCACCUAGAAUUCGAUUAAAACCUCAUCGACUCAGUAAUGGGGACAGUGUUGCAAUUUAUAAGGCUGAGCUUGUAGAUAAUGUAAAUAGUGAUGUUCAGCCUACAAAGAGAUCAGAUAAUGGCACACUUCAUUCUGAAGAAUCUACAGGAAAGAGUUCAGUUGAGACAUCAGGGAGUUCUGGAGAGGAGGACCAAUGGCGGUACAAAAGGAGUCGUCGAAGCAAGGAUCAAAAUGAUUUGACUGUGUAUUUAAGUUAUAGGAAAAAAAGAGCAGAUUCGUCAAGUUUAUCGGUCUGUAGUAACGAUAGUCUAGAUGAAUCAAAGUCUUCUAGUUCAGAGAUGACUUCGCCAGAAGUAUGUGAUUUUGCACCUGGAGAUGAUGCUUCUGUGUCAUCUUCUUCCAAAGAAGAAAAGACAGUGCCUCCUUUAACUGUGAGACUUCAUACCAAAACUGUAAUGAAAUGUGUAACAGCUGAAGGCAGGACUAUAUCUGUCGGAGAUAUAGUAUGGGGGAAAAUUCAUGGCUUCCCCUGGUGGCCUGCACGCAUUCUCAGCAUUAGUAUUAACAAGAAGGAAAAUGGGGCUCCGCAGUGGCAGGAAGCCAGAGUAUCUUGGUUUGGAUCACCUACAACUUCACUACUUUCUGUAUCAAAAGUCUCCCCAUUUUUGGAGUAUUUUAAGUUGAGGUUUAACAAAAAGAAAAAAGGAGUAUACCGCAGGGCGAUUACUGAAGCUGCCAAGGCAGCUGAUCACCUGACACCUGAAAUUCGAUCUCUCCUUUCACAAUAUGAAACUUAACUGAGCCACAGCAACAGAUAGCUGAAGAUCAGGGAGAGAUGAAUGGAUAUCCUUCCUAUGUUUUAACUGGCUUUGAGCUUCAACCAAUACUCCAUUUUGUAUGGCAGUUAGAUGGCUAUUGGAUCCUGGUGAAUUCUGCCAAGUUAU